UUUCUUAUACUUAGGUACACAAAAACAAAACACAAAAAAAACAAAACAAAAACAAUAAAAACACCAUUAAAAUCCGGCGAAGUUAUACACAUAACUGACAACCAAGCACACCAACAGCAACAUGGACACCAACACGGAAGAUGCGAAUGCUAGAAGUAAUGAUUUGGAUGAAAAUUUGGCAAUGGAAGUUACUCCGAUUGAAGAUACACCGGCGGCAACACAACAAGAAACUACAAAUGAGAGUGUUGAGCCGGUAGAAGGCAUUGAAGAAGAAGCACCGGCGGAAAUGGUGACUUACAUGGAUAUCCCUAUGGAAGAAGAUGUAACACUAGAAAAGCCUAAACGUCGAUACCAUUUAAAGGAUGCACUGAAAUCUCGAUUCUCAGUUGGUUAUUCAGAAAAAAAAAAUAUAGUCCACAAGGUGCACAGCGAUUACGAGGACGAAGAGUUUGAAGAAGAUAGUCAAAACUAUAUCAGGUCUGAGAGUUCGGCCAUGGAAGAAGCACGGCAUACUAAGAUAUUUGACGAAAAUUAUAAUGAUAUUGUAGCCCAUGAUGCUUUAGAUGCAUUUGAAGAAACAGACUAUAGCAAUACUGAAACAACAGACUCAACGAACUCUCAUAAAGCAGUAGAUACGGUCGGUAUGAAAAAACAUUUCUUAACCAACUUUGAAGAGCUCCCUCAUUUAUCCGAAAUAUCUGAAGAGGAAGAAGAAAUUGGUAUAGAUUUUACAGUAUCAAAGCCGUCCAGCCCCAACCGAAACUCGGAACAGGUAGAUGAAGAUAAAGGUGCAUUUGUGGAUCCUUUGACUGGAGAUAUAUUGAGUGAUUCAACAGACUCCACUGCAGAAAUAUCAGACCACCAUUUCGAGGAAAUGGAAGAGGAAACUGAGGAGCAAGAUGAUUUCUUCGAGCCUGAAACCGAAUCCGUUCAUGCAAUGCCCAUUAUAGAAAAGGAGGACGACUUCAAUGUUUUUACUAAUUUUACACAAAGUCUUUUGGAAACAACCGAACAAAAGAAACACGUCAACCUUGAUUUAAAGUAUGAAUUCGAACUGUAUGAAAUAGCACACCAAACUGUAGAACAACUUAUAGAUCAAAUUGUUAAAAAGUCCGAAUCAGUUGCACCCCAAAAUCGUCUACGUAAAAAUCUAGAUAAAGUAAAGCUUAUAAAUGAACUAAGUCUGGUGGUAGAGCGCUAUAUUGUUGAAAAACAUAUCAAUAUUGCUAUUCUAUCAAAGAUAACUGACUACUUCAAGAGAAUUAAGUCCACCCGAACACUUAUGAAGCUGCCGCCCGAUAUAGAGCACACCGAAAAACUCAGAUACAUACAUGCAUUGCAACGAGUGGACCACGCAAAAAAAAUAGCAGCAGCUGCCAAGAAGAACAACGCCUACCUUAAUUCCGCUACUCUAAUGGAUCUACAAUAUGUUCAAAAUAUAGCCAUGUCCACUGAAGUCGAUCUUGAAGUAGCGAUGCGAAACGGCAUCUUAAGAAAAGACUCCGAUUUCUUGAAGCGUGUGCUUAAUCGUGAAUUCAAGCUGAUGGCCGAUAUGCGCAACGAGAUAAGUGAUACGCGAUUGGCUUUAAUCACAAGGAAGCACACGCUGGGACGUCUGGAUGAGCGCAUUGAACACUUUGAGCAAAUCACUGAAGAUCUCAGCAUGACCCAUUUUAUUAGCAUACAGAAUGAGGUUCAGGCCUUGGACAAAAAAAUCGAAGAGCGAAACGCUGAGUUGAAGAAACUGCACUCAAACUAUCAUAUGGAGUUACACUUUUUGGCACACAACAGAGAAAAGACCCUAUCAUUUGAAAACAAACUACAGCUACUAAGAGAAGAGUUGAAAGUGAAGAAAAAACGACAACACGACUUGCGUGACAUGCUCUUCAAAUUAAAAUUGGAACGGGGAGAUAUUCGAAGAAAAUGCAACGAGCUAACAUAUCAGGGCGGCCUACUGGCCAUGCCAACACUGAUGUUCGAUUACGAUGACACUGUGGAUAAAUUAAAGGUGAAGCAUGCUUCCGUGCAGAAACUUAGGGACACAUUCAAAGAUCUAUCCAAACGUGUUGGCACUGUGACAAUGACAAUAAACUGAACAUGGUUCAUUCAA